ACAAAGCCUCGCCGCCACGGCGCCACGCGAGCAAAGACCUAGCGCGAGCAAGCAAGGGAGGCAGAGACCUUAGUGCGUCGCGCAACGCGGCUCGGCCCGACGGCAUGGAGAGCCUCGUCCUCGCCUCCUCCUGCUCCCCGUCCCCACGGCUGCCGCUACUCUCCCCCUCCGCCCGCUUCCGCCGGCUGCCCGGCUCCAUGCCACAGGCGCCGGCGUCCACCAGCGGUGCCACGCGGAAAGGUCUCAGGAGGCACAUGCUCUUCGUCGCCGCCGCCACCGCGACUCCUUCCGGAUCCAGGAACGUUUUCAAGGAAUUGAGAGCAAAAGGCUUUGCAAGCAUGUCAUCUUCGACUGCCAAUGAGAAUAUGUCUACUGAAACUGGCACCCUGCCUCCCAUGCCUCCCCCAUCAUCAUACAUUGGUUCGCCUGUUUUCUGGAUUGGAGUUGGUGUAGCAUUGUCUGUGGCGUUUACCACGGUUUCUUCCAUGCUAAAGAAAUAUGCCAUGGAACAAGCAUUUAAGUCAAUGAUGACCCAAGCACCACCAAACUCAUUUGGCUCCAACUCGCCUUUCCCAUUUGGCAUGCCACCACAGGCAUCUCCUACUGCACCAAGCAGUUUUUCGUACUUGGAACCAAGGAAAGGUACCUCCCCACAGGUGUCAACUGUUGAUGUCUCAGCUACCGAAGUGGAUGCCGCUGGAACAUCGAAAGAGGUGGAUGUGACUGAGACACCAAAACCUUCUAAGAAUUUUGCAUUUGUUGAUGUUUCUCCCGAAGAUUUGCAGCAAAAGGACCUCCAAUCUUCACUGGAGAUGGUAGAUGUAAAACAUGAUAGUACAGAAAGUGAAAGUAAGGAGGAUACUGAGGAAAAGGCUCCCAGAAAUGGAGCGACUUUUAAGCUGAAUGAAGAUGCUGCUCGUGGGCCAACUGAAUCCAGUCAAUCAGGACCUAUGCUAUCUGUUGAGACAAUUGAGAAGAUGAUGGAAGAUCCAGCUGUGCAGAAGAUGGUUUAUCCCUACUUGCCUGAAGAGAUGAGGAACCCAGAUUCGUUCAAGUGGAUGCUGCAGAAUCCAAUGUACCGGCAACAACUACAGGAUAUGCUAAAGAACAUGGGUGGAUCUCCUGAUCAAUGGGAUAACCGUAUGCUUGAUCACCUGAAGAACUUUGACCUUAGCAGUCCAGAAGUGCGGCAGCAGUUUGCGCAAGUUGGCAUGACUCCCGAGGAAGUGGUAUCGAAAAUAAUGGCAAACCCAGAUGUAGCUGUCGCAUUCCAGAACCCAAAAAUACAGACAGCCAUCAUGGACUGCUCGCAGAACCCUCUUAACAUUGUAAAGUACCAAAACGACAAGGAGGUCAUGGAUGUUUUCAUGAAGAUAUCACAGAUCUUUCCCCAAAUCAACGGCUAGCUGGUCUUCACUGCGGGAUUGCAGUCUUGAUUUUUUUUGUCGGCCUAUCAUCCCCUGUGUCUGGAGGGCCUGCUGCGGUAACCAUCUUUGAAGGAAAAGGGAACACCUGUUGCUGUUGGGCCGUGACGCUCUGGAUACACCCUCCCUGUGUCGAGCUUUUUGAGUUUCAUAUGUAGUAGUACAUCGUGUGAUGUAGCGGCCUUGGUCUAGCUAUGAGUAUGAUUGACCCACCCUCUUCCCGCUUCAUAAAGUCAGGCUAGUGAGCGUAGCAGGGGCAAAUAUUUGUUAUUUACAUUGCAUGGGCAGCCAGCCGGUCUGCGCUCUGACGUUGCAUGGUUUAUCUCGUAGGAUGUGAAAGGCGCAGCAGACAGACAUGGUUCGUAUCAGAUCAAUUUUGAUAUAUACUAAUUGCUAUUGUUAGUGUGUAA